UGUGUGUAAAUUUCACAACAGCAAUGUACUGAGCAUUUUUUGGUGAAAGGGCUUGAUAAAAAGGAAUUGAAAGGAAAUAUUCAAGCCAUGAGACUGAUUCUGAAAUCCUCUUUUUCUUUUCAUUUAACAUGUCAGAAUGUAUAGAAGCCUGCUUUAGUAAUUCUGUGGCUGUAAGAAAAUAGGUACUUUUUAGGAGAUAAAGGGAUAUGUAUUUUAACUUUUUAAGAAUUUCCAAAAAUAACAAUUAGGAGUUUGUAGAUUUCACUGUUUUGAAGCCAUUUUGUAGAUAUUGCUGGUUUUGAGCUGCCCUUCCUCAAUAAUCAAAUAGAAAUAUGAUGCCAGGCUGGAAGGGCACCUCAGUUAAAAAUUUAUUAGUCUGACUUGCCUCUUUGUUAGCAACUAUAAAGAGAAACUUUUGGAAGAGAUAUAUAAGUGAUUUCUUGCAUAGCAAGUGAAAGGUGAGCGUCAUGUAGGAACUAGAGUGGCAUUUUGGGUUGAAGGUCCAUGAAAUUAUAUCAGGGUCACUUUAACUUGCUGCAGAGUAGCCCCAGACUUUCACUUUGCAGCUCCAAAUAGACUGCAUUCAGCUACUUACUGCAUAGUAAUUGAAGAAAUGCCUGAUACUAAGUUAUGGUGAUGUAUAAAAGUUUGUCAAAAGGCCUGAAAACUGUGGCAUCUCCACAAGGUGCUGGAAAAAGUAAUUUAUGUCAGUGUUUUUUAGUCAGAUACCAUGCCCACAUUAGCUGUUUAAUUUUAUUCUUUUGAAGUUAACAAAGGCUUGAGGAAAAAGUCUGAAAUGAAAAUAACCCAACCAACCAAUCAAAACCCAGGCAAAAAUCCGCACAAAACAAAAAACCACAAUUCCCAGUAUCUCAUCUGUCUGCUGUAGAAGUUAAUACUAACUAAAACAAUGUGAGUGUGUGAGGUUUCUUAAACUUUCUAGCUUUGAGUGUUUUAUGGGUCAUGGGAUAAUAAUACUACCUGUAAUCUCAUACAGCAGAGUGGUUGUGUAUUAAUCUACUUUGCAGUAGUUGAUUUUUCUUUGCAGGAGAUUCCCUGAGAACAUCUGUUGUAGUGUGCAUGCAAGACUAUUUUGGCGAGACCAUGUUCUUUUCCUUAAAUAUUAGUUUAAUACCCUACUUUUAAGUUGUUAACCCUACUAUAGUAGAAGUCCCCGUAGGUUUUCUUUUUUGGCAGUAUUUUUCUGGUACAAGUUAGACUACCCAUAGCCACUUGCAUUUUUCCAGGACCCAGGCUUCUCUGCGUUUUACAUUUGCUCCACUAGCCCUACACCAUUUAAGGUUUCAAAAUGUCUGACCAGAAAAACAUUGUACACAGAGCCCACUGUAUUGAAAAACUACUAUCUGAGAACAGUUUCCAAGAUGUAGAAUAUCAUCUUAAAGAACUUGAAGAUGUUGAUAUGACUACAGAGUAUCUUCAGGGGACAGGAGUUGCCAAGGCUGUAUAUAGAGUACUCAAGAGCUGCCCUUCAGCAGUGUUAAAAAAGAAAGCAAAGCAGUUACUGUCAAGGUGGAAAGCACUUUACAAGAAUAACUGUGUUGAAUCGAUCCAAGUUAAAAAGUCAGAUUUUGUAUAUGUAAAAAAGGAAAUUGCAUAUCUUAGCGUGGUUCCUAGAGAACAAUCACUGUCUAAAGAAUCAAGUCAGCAGGAGGCAUUAGAUGAUACUAGUUCUAAAAUGUUGAUCCCAUCACAAAUUGUUAAAAAUGUAGUACAUAAUGAGGCAGAAGGCAGCAUGAAUCAGCUUUCUUCUGAGAAACAUCACACUGAUAAUGAAGAUUCUAAACUUCUUCCAAACCAGGCAAGUCUGCAGCAGGAUCCAGUGAGAGCUCUGAGGUGUAAAUGUACGGAUCUUCUUUAUAAAUCUUUGGCUGGUUCUGCCGAAGACGAAGAAGAAACUGAUAAAUGGCUAGAGCUAGCUAAAGAAAUCGAAAAAUGUAUUUUUGAUCUUCAUGCUAAAAGUGACAAAAAGUAUAAAAAUUGCAUCAGAAGCAAAAUUGCUAACCUGAAGAACCCUAAAAAUUGCCACCUAAAACAUAACCUUUUUUCAGGGACUUUGAGUCCAAAGGCUUUUGCUGAGAUGACAGUGAUGGAAAUGGCCAGCGAUGAACUGAAACAGCUGAGGGCUCGGUACACUGAAUCAUCUCUUCAGGAACAUCAGCUUCCACAAGCUAUCAAUGGCACACAGACAAACAAAAUAAAGUGUAGGCGUUGUGAAAAGUUUGAUUGCACAGUCACUAUGAUCACCAGAGGAGCUCUCUUUCUUCCAGGUUGGGUGAGAAACACAAAUCCAGAUGAACAAAUGUUGACUUACGUUAUUUGUAAUGAAUGUGGAGAACAGUGGUAUCACAGCAGAUGGAUUUGUUUAUAAUGCCAUCCCUCUUUAAUAAGCAGUUUAGAACCAGAUAUGAGACAGGAUUUCAGUUGAAACUGUAAUUUAAAUUUUUUUUAUUGGUACUAUGUAGAUACUGCAAGUAAAAAGGAAAGAACCAGGUUUUAAAAAUUGCUAAGUUAUUUUUGAAGAUGACUUGAAUAAAUCUAUGUGGUUUUAAGUAAUGUCAAUAUGUAAAGAAAUAAAGAGGAAAAAUGGUAAUAGUGUGUCCGAGAGUGGAAUAUUCACUGGUAAAUCCAUUAAAAAUAUUCCAGAUGUUGCAGGGUUUUUCCCAGAGAUGCUGAGUACAUGGGAUUUUCAUGGUCUUCAGUGGGAGUUCUUUCACAGUAUGUAAGCUUCAUUUAGAAUCAACAAACUGUUCCCAAAACUGCAAUUUACAGACUUGUGUGCACUGCAGAAUGUUCAGCAUAGAUUCACUCUGUAAUUAAAUGACUUUUUGCAAGUAAGUGUUAGGUUAUUAAGUUCAAGAGGUAAUGUCUAAGAGGAGAAAAAAAACCAGAAUGAAUAACAGUGUAAAAGAGGGAGAAGGAGCUAGCUAAUGAAUGGAGAAAUUAAAUUCUUUAGCUUUCUACAGCUGUUGGGAGGAAAAUGGGACUUGUGACAAUCUUGACAGUUUGCAGUUCAAAUUUGCAGUGUAAAGUGAUGUGUACUGUUACUGUCAAGAAAUUAAUGGAGAAUCAGGCAAUAAUUUAUUUUUUUUAAAAAGUAUGUUAUUAAAUUUGUCUUUAUUUAAUAAAGGCAUUAAACUAAUCACUUUCUGAAUGGAAAUUUUUUCUUGAGCUGGUACAUCUGUCCUGCACUGAACAAAUUCAUGUUUUUAUAUAGUGCAGAUUACCC